UUCCUUGCUUAAUACUACUUCUCAUCUUUUAGUAUGUCUAGAAUUCUUCAUGAAUUUCCUCUCAAGUGACUCUUGAAUUCUGGGACGAGGCCUUUGUGUGGUGGGUUGGAGUUCCCGCUCAGAUGCAGCUUCUUCCGCCAGCGACUGUACUGAGCUCCAGCUGCAGAAGGUCUCCUGGGGAUCACCAGCACACCCACCGACUUCUGUAGAUGAAGAAGUUUAUCCUGGAAAGUUUCUAAAGUUAAUAACCUCAACAGCUAAGAGGUGGUUUUAACUUGCCCAAGAAUGAGACAAUCUUAACGUGCCCAAUAUUGACCAGCAGGUUUAUUUUUUAGACUAUCAGCUAAAUUUCCACCCUGUCCAAAUUUUUUUCUCCAGUGCAGAGUGGGAGUUUUUUUAUGCUGCAAAGAUUUACACCGUCUUAAAUAUCAACCAUCUGGACCUUCAAUCAAAACAUAUCAAUAGUGGCCCUCGGUACUGAGGAACAGCUCAGACGGUUAUAGGAAAAUAUCCACUUUUGGAUGCUCUUAGACAGUUAAAAUUUAGAGUAUUUCUAGAUGCUACAGUAGUUAGAGCUUUGUGCCUCAUAGCCAUCACAAGAUACAUCAUCCAUUGGUUUGUCAAAUUUUAUGAUCAGAGCAGGUGAACUUUUAGCAGUAUCAGUUGUAUUAUACUAUUGACAGAAGAGGCACAAGAAAAGUAGAAAUGCAUUACAGCUUCCAAAACUUACUGUAGCCUAAAGCAACAUUUCAGCUUCACCAGAGCUUCAUCAGGCAAUUGAGCAGAUGAGACACAGCAAGUUAUAUUAAGAUCUCAGCCGAUACCCCCACAGUAGAUUGUGAGGAAGAAAAGGAAUUCCAGCAUAGCAUGGCAAGAUGUGGCUUUAGUUCUUUGCUGGAGCCUUUCUACCAGUUUGGGAGUCACAACUCCUAAUGUUGUAAUUACCACUGAGGUCUCUGUAGAGUUCGCCUUCCACAUCUGUUUCAGUUGUUCCUUCAGUCGUGGGCACUUUUACAUCUUCUUCAUGAAACUGUCAGCUGCCUCAGCUACCACAACUGCCCUCUUCUGUUCCUUGUUGACCACUAUAUUAGGUUGGCUGGUUUUGCCAGCAACCGUUGGUCUGGAACUUACAGUCCCACAUGAUCUUGUCUUCAUUGUUCUCAACUACUUCGAUGAUGAUUGUCUCAGCAGCCUCCUUGCACUGUCUGCACUUGAAGUCCUGUCUAUGGUUCUGGUGCUCUGAGCUUGUUCUUAUGCUGCCAUCAACAGAUGAUCUGCGCUGUCCCGCAGACCAAACUGUUCUUGCCAAGAAUGGGAUUUCUUAAUGUCAGAGACCUCCUCUAUCUGCCAAUUGUAUGUCCCAUGAGGGAACUUCUCUUCUCCUCCUAUGGUCAUCUUUCUGUUCUAGCUGGGUACCUGAUGAGUGGUAGGACGUACAUGUUGGAUCUUAUUGCUGCUACUGAGCUCGCUUCUUGGCACUUGUCUUAUCCUCUGGAGGUAUCUGACUGUUGCAGACCUCCUAGCAUCCUCAUUAUAGCUCUAUUUGGAUUGCGGGGACCCAGAUGCUUAUAGCUAUCCAUUACGUUAUCUUGCUUUCUCGUAACUCCACCCCCUCAGUCCGGAUCUCCUCCUCUCUCUUUGCGAUUUUACUUUCUCAAGGUUCAGGAAUGUUGACUGACUGGUCAAGCAUGCUACUUGUCAGUCUUAAAAACCACAAACACAUUUUGCUUGUAGGUUUGCAACCCAUGGAACAGCAACAAAAAUCCCAGCUUUACUGUAUAUUUUUGCAAAGGACAACAUUCAGACAGAAUUUUAAAAUGCCACACUUUUGAUGCUUCAGUGGACAAGUUUUCUUCAUCUCCCUGCUUUUAAUCUGUCGGAAAGUUCCUGAAGGUUAAAUGAACAAACUCUUGAAUGAGUCCUUAUUAGCCACAUGUCUAGUGACUGGAAGUCUGCUGAAGUGUGCAUGGUUUUCUAUAGAGCAGAAAGUCCUCAGAGCAUUGAUCCAGUACCAACUACAAAGACACUAUCAUCAGAUACCUCUGGAGAUUAGACAGAUGCCUCUGCUUGUUUUAAACUGUUAUCUUUAGCGCUGUUGGGACAAUAAAUAAUUGUGCAGUCAGGGCAACUGAAGCAGCAGCCGGGAUAAUAUUAUUAGUCAUGUCAUAUUACACGCUAUUCUAUACCUAACAUAAACAUAGGAGGCCAAGGAAGAGAAGACAGAGUAACCAAACAGUUUUAUAAAUGUUACCCAUGUGCUAAGAUUCAUGGGAAUGCCGGUAAACUGAGCACUGCUUUCCCAGUGAAACCCCAAACUGCUGAAGGAUGAGGAGUGGUGUCACCUUCCUCAGAAGCUUCAUCUGGAUGUAGACUGCAUUUUGUACCAAACUCUAGAGGCAGCAGUGGAGCUAGAGUCAAUUUUGCACUGCGGUACUGCUGGCUGUAGGUAUACUACCACCCAGGCAUCAGAGAAACAUGGCACUUCUACUUCAUCUUCAUUACUUCAUCUUCUAUACGAGCUUAAAUGAUAGUCUGGGGAUACUGUGUGGUCUUCUUGCGUCAAUGCAUCUCAAAAAAGACCAAAAUGUACAGCGACUGCCUUCUUUGUUUUCUAAAUUCUUUUACAACAAAGUGAACGCGCUGGUUCACAGAGCAGCAUGUUCCUGAACUGUUAGUUUAUACCAUAAACACGCAAGUGGUAGUUUUACUUUGUACACUGUCCUGCUGCCAUAAAUACUCACUAAAGCAACAAAUGUGUAUUUAUGCACAGGUGACAUAAACAUAGUCACCAGCAAACGCUCUACAGCUAAGUAGCAUUUAUGUCAAACUGUGUUUUAAUUACAUUACACUAUAAUUACAGAGUUCCUUUAUUUUGGUUUGUUGUGGAAAUGACGACAAAGGGAAAAACACAGAAUCACAACAGGGUUAUUCUUGAAAUGAACAUUUUUGCUGAUGAUGUUUGAAUUUGAAUAUGCUGUGGGGUUUUUUUUUUGCAGUUUUUUGUUUGGUCGUAGUUUUGUAAUUUACAAAUAUCCUUAUCAAUUUGCAAAAUUCAAUAGUUGACCCAAUUAUGCCAGUCGGAAGCCAAUUUAUGACUGACAAAGGCUGUUAUCUUCUCCAUUUCUCCACUGUCCGUUAUAAUAUCCAUUUAACCUGUCUUGAAGUAUACAACUAUAAAAUAGAGUCUUAGUUUCUGUGGGCAUUUCACGUUCAAAUAAGUCUUGUAGAGCACUGUGUACCUCUCUCCAGAAAUAUUUAGCUACAGAACAUUUCCAUAAAGUAUAGUAAUGGUUUGCAUUUUGAUUAAUGUCAAUAUGGUUUUAAUGAUGUUCUUACGUCAUUUGUUUUCAUGUCUGUGUGGCACAAAUAACUAUGAGUACAAAGUUGCUUGAAAUUUAUACUCAUCAGACACAACAUUAAAGCCACCUGCCCAGUAUCAUGUAGGUCCUCUGGUGCCGUCUGACCCGUCGUCGUGUGAUACAGCACCUGUGAGGGUGUCUCAUUUCCUGUGUUGGUAGAUGCUGGGGAUUUUGGGUCCCACAGAUGCUCCAUCACAUUGGGAUCUUGGGAGUUUUAAUGCCGGGUAGGUAAUUUUGGCUCUUUGUCAUGUUUCUCAAGCUGUUUGUGAGAUUUUUCCUCUGUAUUCUGAGGUGUGUUUUGAUACUUUUGGAGGCUGCUGUUGACAGGGAAGGUGUGCUUGGUUUGCAGAAUUGAAAUAGGUUGAAGUUGCAUUCAUAUGGAUGUUGGGACCAGAGUUUUCUCAGUAGAAUAUUACUUUCUGACAGGGUAUUUAAUGUAAUUAAGGUAAUAAUGUUCAGCUGCCCCCGAGUUUGAAUGUUUCAGCUGAUUCAUGUAUCAUUCAGGACACAUUGCAUUUGUACACGAUAUUAUCGGAGUGUGUGGUAAUGCAACUGAUAUGAAUUCACUCAAAGCAGUUAUGUUUAAAAAAAGCAAAUGAGAAAGAAGAGAUUUUAAAUAUCAGGUGAUGAAUGUUUUUUUUAAAGUAAAAAGUCUUUGUUACAUGAACAUUCAUCCAUACACCGCUUUAUCCUCACUCGGGUCGCGGGGGGGUGCUGGAGCCUAUCUCAGCUGACUCGGGCAAAGACAGGGGACACCCUGGACAGGUCGCCAGUCUGUCACAGGGCUACAUAUACAGACAAACAAUCACACUCACAUUCAUACCUACGGGCAAUUUAGAGUUAUCAAUUAACCUCAGCAUAUUUUUGGACUGUGGGAGGAAGCCGGAGAAAACCCACGCAUGCACAGGGAGAACAUGCAAACUCCAUGCAGAAAGAUCCCAGGCCCACCCCGGGAAUCGAACCAGGGAUCUUCUUGCUGCAAGGCGAAAGUGCUAACCACUACUCCACUGUGCAGCCGUUGCAUGAACAACAAUAGGUUAAAAAAAAAACCCACUUAAGUUUCUAAAAAAAAUAGUAAUUAUAGCAGCAUGGUGAACAGAUUGUUAGAAUUACUACAUCUGUAGUCAAUAUAGCUGCAAUAUAAUAAAAUGGCACAAUAAAAAAUGUACUGCUUAGGUGCUUUAAAGCCUUUGAGUCUUUCAUUUGCAGGAUUUGUGUGUUUUUUGAGCGUAAAACGUUGCAGUUUCUGACAUAUAUUUUUAUUUACAAAAGCAUGAAUAUUCCUGGAAAAUCCAAGGUUUAAUGCCACUACAAAUUGCCGUUGUGAGUACUUUGGCAAAGUUUUGAAGCUCAGAGGCUUCCUUGUUUUAUGGCACUUAUCUAGGUUGUUUUUUCCUGACUUGCUUGUGUUGUAUUUACACUCGGAUGCACGUCUCUUUGGAUAAGAGUGUCUGCUGAAUGAAAUUGUAGAACUGUAGAGUUGUAGAAUGAUUUCCAGUGACACAUUUAUUUGUAUUAAGUCACAGAUGCAUUUGAAGAAACCCUGGUUUGAUUGUUGAUCACCUGCUCCCCUCGCUCUGACUCUGCCUGCUAAACAUCACAUUUCUCUCACUGGAAUCCAAACACUCUAUUGAACACACAGUAAUGCUGACAGCUGUUAAAACAGGCUGCAAGGGCAAGACAGGAUUCAUGGGCGAAUUUCACAGAAACCGUCUCCUGAUGUCUCCUCACUGCUUUAUGUUUCAGGAAUAAAGAUGUGCAUCAUCUUAUGUAACUCAUGGAAACCUGUAACAAAAUCCAGAUCCAUUCAAUGUCAUUAUGUCAUUUGAUAGGGAUGUUUCUGUAUUUUCCAGUGAGCAGGAGCCCAGAUGGAAAGUUGCCACGUCAAGUCUGAGGAUCUCCAGCUGAGAAGCUGAAGAGCGAAAGAUGAUGCAACCAAAUGGAUCAAUACAGGAUUCUUAGCAAUGACGGGGAAAGCUAUCUCAAUCUUGACUUUGAGUUGGAGCAUUUAUUUGAAAUGAUGGAUGCAAUAGACUCCAUUGAUCCGUACAGCCGACCAGCGCGCAGGACACAAUGGAUAGUCAGCACUCUGGCGUACCACUACGGACUGGACCGGGGAGUGGAGAACGAAAUUAUAGUCCUGGCCACCGGCUUGGAUCAGUACUUACAGGAGAUUUUUCACCACAUGGACUACCAAGGUGGAGGCAAAAUCCCCGUGGAGGACUUUAACAUCUUGUGCGAAGUUUUGGGACUGAACAAAGACUCGGAAGACACAGAAUGCGCCGGAGUUUUGGAUAACCUACCCAGCGAGCUCACCUUCAGGCACUUCCACGCAAAACUGUGCGGAUACUUCAGCACCAAGGCCGGGUGUCAGUAUGAGAACGGCCGGCUGCUGGUCGGGAUGGACAGCGAGCACAUAGAGACUCAGAUCCGCCUCAGGAGCCCUCUGAAGCGGCGAGAGAAGCUGCUGUCGGUGGGAGCAGGCGGCCGGUCCUCCCCUUCCCCGGAGGGACGGCACGCCUCCGGCUGCAGGCUCGGCUCCUGCACCCGGGAGUGCUACGAGGAGAUCGUGGCCCUGGAGGAAGCGGAGGACCGGAUCACCAAGCUGGAGGAUGAGAAUGCGAGUUUGAGGGAGUUGAUUGAGGAUAUGAGAGCUGCGCUUCAGAGCAGUGAUGCCCGAUGUUUGGCUCUGCAGGUAGGACUGUGGAAAAGCCACUCCAAACAUAGACCAGAAGACGGCUGCUUUCUUGCCCACCAGAAACAAGCCGCCCAGAAAAGUGUGGCCAGCACCAACCUGAAAAGCAGCACCUACACCGAGCUGAAGAGCUUGCAGAACAUCAUCCACGAGAUCGAGCUGCUUCGUAGCUCGAGAGACCUUCAGGUAGAGGAAGCCAUGCUGUCUAAUCAGAGACUGGAGAAGGAACUGUGGAGCUCUAAAGAGGCCGUGGCCGCUCUGGAGGACUGUAACCAGGCUCUGAAGAGGGAGCAGGUGGGCAUGAGGAGGAAGGUGGAGGAGGCCAGGCAGGCGCUGGUCAGUGGACUGGGGAAAGUGAAGGAACUGGAAGCCAAGGCCAGUCAUGUGCCAACACUGCAGAGGCAUAUCCUCCAGCUGGAGUCAGAGCUGCUCUUCUACAGGUCGGAAGUGUCAAAGCUACAACUUCCAAGCAGCACCAGGGCUGAGCAGCAGCUGAGUGUUAGCGGCCGGCUGAACCAGAGAUGCUGCCUGGACGCCCAGCAUGACCGCUGUUCCCCGACAGGGCGUGCCGUUACGACCCCGGACAAGAUGGAGGAGCAGCUGUUUCGGUCAGUGGAAGGUCAGGCAGCCUCGGAUGAAGAGGAGGACAAGUGGACUGGGGAUCAACAAAGACGAGUAGACGAGGUGAAGAGGAUCCUGACCAGACUGUCCUGCUGUGGGGAAAGGUGCGAUGACAAGGCAUUCAAGAAGCUGAUGUCUAAUUUCGGGAGCUCCAGAAGCGAAGAAAGCUGCAGUGCCGUGGUGGAGCUCUUGGAAAGGGUGACCAGGUUGCAUAAGCAGCUGGAGCUGAAAGAAAGCCAGGCAGAGAUAGACAUGGACCAGAUGAAGGACUCCCUGAUGCAGGAGCUGCAGCAGAAGGCCGAGGAGACGGAGCUGCUUCAGAUGGAGCUGCAGAUGCUGGAGACCGAGAGGGUUCGUCUGUCGCUGGUGGAGGAGAAGCUUGUGGACAUCCUGCAGCUCCUCCAGCAGCUCAGAGACCUGAACGUCUCUCGGAGGUCUCUCGGGAAAAUCCUGCUCAGCACGUUGGAGUCUUGCAGCGAUCCGCAAGCAGGCAAAGCUCACAUCCUGGAGGUGCUCAACGCUCUCUACCAUGAAUUGGCUGCUUGUGAGAUUUUGUCCACUGGGGGACCUUUGGAGAGGACACCAAGUCAGCAGUCUCUCAGCCUCAUCAUCUCCUGCUAGACAAGACUGCCUCCUGGUGGGCGCAGAACAUCUUCCUCAAGAGCACUGAAAACCAAACAGUGGUCAAAAUCAAGCUCAUUGGUGUGUAUAUUGUAUUAUACUGUAGCUUAUAUACUCCUUAUAUCUCAUAUAAAAGGAUGUUAGAUAGAAAUAUUGUAGCAAAGAGCUUCAUUAGAUAUAAAUGAAAUAUUUGUUUAUACAUGUUUUUUUUUUUGCAAGAGCUUUUAUUGCACAUACCUUUUUCAUGAUCCAGUGGGGAUGUUUUUUGUAAUUAAUUGUUCUACAGCAGACUUAUUAAUGUGAAAAUGUUGAAAUAAGCUCAGAUUUAAAGGCAUGCAAAAUGCGCUGCCAACAACAUGAACUUAAAGGAAGGCCACAUCUUAGUUCACAAGCUUCAAAAUCAAAUGAGUUAAGUGGGAAAUGUUUUUAAAAAUGCAACUCCACACAACAACCUGUUUGACUAACUCUGUGUGCACAACCUUUAGGCCAGUGUUUUAAUCAAGAGGUCUUCAUUUACAUGUAAUGUGGGGACCAUGCAUGGGACCAUCACCCACCUUGUAUGUGUUUGAGUUGAGGUGUCUCUGACAAAUGCAUCACAUGAACUGGACCAAUAAAACGUCAUUGCAAAUUUGUAAA